AUGGCUCGCGGGCCCAAGAAGCACCUGAAGCGCGUCGCCGCCCCGAAGCACUGGAUGCUGGACAAGCUGACGGGCGUGUUCGCGCCGCGGCCGUCGGCCGGGCCGCACAAGCUGCGCGAGUGCCUGCCGCUGCUGGUGUUCCUGCGCAACCGGCUCAAGUACGCGCUGACGGGCGCCGAGGUGCGCAAGAUCUGCAUGCAGCGCCUGGUGAAGGUGGACGGGCGCGUGCGCACCGACGCCACCUACCCGGCCGGCUUCAUGGACGUGCUGAGCAUCGAGCGCAGCGGCGAGCACUUCCGGCUGCUGUACGACGCCAAGGGCCGCUUCGCCGCGCACCGCAUCUCGGCCGACGAGGCGCGCUACAAGCUCUGCAAGGUGACGAAGACGUUCGUGGGCGCCAAGGGCGUGCCGCACCUGGUGACGCACGACGCGCGCACCGUGCGCUACCCGGACCCGCUGGUGAAGGCGCACGACACGGUGCGCGUGCGCCUGGACGGCGGCGCCAUCACCGACUUCGUCAAGUGCGAGCCGGGCAACCUGUGCAUGGUGACGGGCGGCGCCAACGUGGGCCGCUUCGGCGUGAUCGCGCACCGCGAGCGGCACCCGGGCUCCUUCGACGUGGUGCACGUGCGCGACGCGGGCGGCCACGCCUUCGCCACGCGCCUCGCCAACAUCUUCGUCAUCGGCCGCGGCGGCCGCCCGUGGGUGUCGCUGCCGCGCGGCCGCGGCCUGCGCCUCUCGGUGGCCGAGGAGCGCGACCGGCGGCUGGCGGCCCGGCAGGGCGGCGCGUGA